AUGAGUCUUUUCAAUAAAGAUACUCUACGACAUUUUAAAAAUCUUCAAUUUGUUGUCCUUGCUGAUACCUUGGAUAACUCAGUGGAAGACGCCAUUGAUUACCUGGGAAGAAACGGCAUUCCCCACAAAAUCACACUUCCCCAGCCUGAUAUAGACAUAGCGGCUGAUCUAGUCUUCUCAAUGAUUCUUCAAGUCAACUACAAGGUUACUUCCAUUCAAGCCAACCAUAACGGUCAUACUUCUCGAGCAGAAAGUGUGUACUUUACGAGGAAUCUCCGAGAAAAGAUCGUUGGAAUCAUUGGUUUAGCUGUCGCUAGACGAUGCUCUGUAUUUGGACUCAAGGUCGUGGUGUAUGAUCCAACUCUUCCUGAAGGAAGGUGCAGUGGUUUUGGCUUUGAAAAGGUGGACUAUCUUGAGAAAUUACUACCUCUUUGUGACUUUCUUUCUUUCCACUCCUGUUGGUUGGAGGUGGAUUACAUUAGUCAAAUUGAUAUUUCUGGACACAGACUCGGAAUAAUUAGGAAAGAAGCGAGUCUAAUUUGCCUAACCAACCGUGUAAACUUCGAUUAUUUGGCCCUUACCAGAAGUCUUAACCAGGGUAACAUCGAAAGUGUCGUUCUCACAAAGAAGCAUGUCGCCAAUCUUCUCUCUCUGCAUACCUCAAUUUCAGAGGAUAUCAGGUCAUUGUCAAACAUCCAUGAGAUUAACCCCGGCAAGCUGAUAACAAAAGAAUCGCUUAUUACACAUCGUCAAAAUGUCUGCGAUUUUGUGUUAAGCAUUCUCAAUGAGCUGGGGAGACGAAGUAGUCCACAACCAACUGGAACGCAGAAACUUAGCCCAGUUGAAAAUCAGUGCCCAACCAAUUCCAUUAAGUCAGAAGUGACAACCAAAAAGCAAGUAAAAAUCUACCAAGAAGGGUUAGAAACCGAAGUGAAAGAACCAAAGGACCAUCAUUACAAUCGCAUGUUAUUCUCAAUUGAUACCCUUGUUGAAUCUGGAGAAGACCCCGAAAGAAUAUCUUAA